UGAAAACCGAGAAGGCAGGAUGGAGAGCGGAUGAUAUUGCCAGUCUAUCGUCAAACUCGUUCGGUUGUUAUUCCUCGCAGCAGCGUGUUUUUAACUUAUUGUCACUAAAACGCAGGAUUUACUGGAACCUAUUUUGCCUAUAAGAUGAUACUAUUGUCAUUAAAACAUACUUGUGUCCUUGGACUCGUUGUGUGUGGUGGUUGGUAAAAUCAAACUUCUUUAGUUAGUCCAUAGAGAUGGACAUGGAGUCUGCAGCCCCUCCUCAGCGCGUGAUGGAGUCAUUCGACAGGAAUGCCGCGGCAUCCGAAGGCAACUCCGAAUAUUUACAAUCUGUAAGCAGCGAAUCGAGCUCAUUCAUCAUGGUUCAGCCCAAAAAUCGUCUCGAAGUGCCGUCCAGGUUGUGGGUGACUACGGUUGUUGUUAUCGUGAUUGUCCUUCAAGUUGCCUCGACCACUGGACUCUUCAUAUACUUGAACAUGUCAAUGGCACAGGCUCGAACAGAAGGUGUGGUGGAGGAGCUGAGGUGUCUUGGUCUUCUGAACGCUAUGGAGAAGGAACAGGAUGUACCUGAUGACCUGGUUCAGCUCUUUGGGGAGCCAUGCAUUAAAUUAGCUGAAGGACUCAAAGCCUACAUCUCCAAGGUCACAGAAAACAUUAUCUCCAAACACACCUUUCAAGAAAGAGUCGCUAUCCCUCCACGUACAAAAUUACUCACCACUGGCAGCCCACGGCCGUCAGCUCAUCUUACUCUCAGAGACAGUGGACUGCAGGGUACGACAUCUUUAACCCCCCAGACCGACCUUCACCAGUCCUGUCGCCAUCCUGUCCGUUCCUGGGGGAACCAAAGUUUUGGCUCCCACCUGCACAACAUGACCGUGUCCAACGGCCGGCUGCGUAUUCCUAGCGCAGGCCGCUACUACCUGUACGCCCAAGUCUACUUCCGUUAUCUCACCCUCUCCAUGGACAAUUACCACUCUGGAUCCGUCAGCCACCAGGUGGUCCAGUGUGUCUACAAGAAGACUGCCUACGCUCGGCCUAUUCAGCUCCUGAAGGGCGUGGGCACCAAAUGUUGGUCUCCAGACAGCGAGAACGCCCUUCACUCCAUCUACCAGGGCGGCCUGUUUGAACUUCGUGCAGGUGAUGAGAUCUUCAUCUCGGUGUCCUCUCCCACAGCUGUGUAUGCAGAAGACUCCUCCAGCUAUUUCGGGGCCUUCCUGUUUGACCUCUGAGGGAAGCAGUUGGGGCUUGUGGUCUCAUUCCAAGGGGAAAGGAAAUUGUUUCUGUCUGAGGGCCCCACAUGGGAACCAUGAAGAGAGGAAAGCACAGAUACUCCACCAUCUGAUGAGUUCAAAUGGCCCUGUAAUGAGCAAACAACUCUUAUUUUUCAGAAAACCAUCUUGUUAUUGUGGUCUGAGAUGAGGAAGACCGUUUGACCUUUGUGGGCUGAGUUUUAUAUGGCUCUGGACUCCCAUCUGAAUGGGAGAAAAUCUGUGAGGGCUUUAUGAAGACAAACCUGAUGUUAAACAUUAGGAAGACCUGAAAAUGAUGACAAUAACCACAUACUAAUAAUAAAGACUUUUUACCUUGAACAAAUGCACAAAACUUUGUGCAAGCUGCUACUAAAAGUGCAUACAAACCAUGCCAGAUUAAUAGCCUGCUUCUUUUGAUGUUUUUUUGGUCUUCUUUUAAAUAAAUGUUAUGUUUAUAUUGUUCAUUCUUUCCUAAAAGGAGUGUGACUACUCAUGGAUGAGAAGUCUCCUAUUAAGGAAACUUAGCCACCCAUAAUGUAUUAUGAGUCAAACAUGUGUCAUUCACUUGUGUCUGAAGUAAAAGUCUAGCAAAUAAUCUAGAGCCAAAAUGGGGGAAGGUUAAGAGAGACAUCACAUGACUCAUAUUUUUCAAAAUAAGCCAAAGUUAAUAUAACCGUUGUUAAAAAAUUUUUUUUUUUUUUUGUCCAAUCUGAAAUACCUAGGUAGGACAUGAGUGAAACCAAAGGAGAAACUCACAAUCCACACAGAAAAGAAACACUGAAGUGAGCAUGUUACAUGUAAUUUUAUUUCAUGUAGUGCUUAUGAAUAAAUUACAAUGAUAAUGUGACAUUCUUAUUUAACACUAAUGGAUAAUGCUGAAAUUAAAAAAAACAACAAGUUCACAUAAUUUAAACAAUAAGUACAAAGAACCCAACAAAAUGAUUUCUGGCUUCAAUUACUUAUUUUUUUCCAACAAAAUUAGUACACAAUGCUAUAAGAUGUUCUUAAUAAAGUGGCCCUUAAUUUUUUCUUUUAAAGGACUGACAUUUUGAUAAAAAAUUUAAAUACUGUUGAAGUUAUUUAAGGACUGAGAACCAGCCAACAAACUUUCAAGUUUCAAGUACAGUUUUAGCAUUCAUUUUAUGUCCCACUGUGAAUUAGCAUAGUGGUUUGGUAGGCUAGCAGAGAAAUUCAAAUGAUUAAAAGAGGUUGAACCAGAUAGAUGCAGACUUUAACAUUAAAAUGGGUUCAAAUCUGGGUUUGUAUGCAUACCAUGAAAUUACACAAUUCAGAUGACUACAUUUUGCAUGCUCGGGUUACAUUUGGACAUGCAUGUGAUAUGAAUAUAAAUGGUACAUGCAAUACACAUAAGGAGAAUCUGUAGAUGGAGAAAACAUGGGCACCAAUAAGUCAAGCCUCAGAAAAUGUUAAUAAAUAGAUAAUUAAAGAGUGUGCCAACAGAAGCUAAUCAGAAUUAAAGGGCAAAUCUGAAUUGUAUUACUGAGUUAAUGGUAUAAUGUAAUGCAUUCAUUUGCAUUAAUCGCAUUAGUUUAUGUUGUCCAAAAAUCACUUGCAUAGGGAAAUGCUACAUACUCUGUAUUUUUAACAGUGGUUUUAAGAGCACAAUGUUUGAGAACCACAUCAAAUAUUUAUAAGUUUGGGGUCAGUAAGAUUAAAAAAAAUAUAUAUAUCAAAUUGAUCAAGUGACUGUUAUUUAUUUGAUAUUUAUAAUUGUACAAUAGAUUUAUAUGUUUCA